AUGCAAAAUUUCUCGGAAAAUGAAGAAUUACAAUUGGAAUUACACCCGCCGACCUUGAUAUCACCCCUUCGUAUCUUCCUCAUAGCCACAUGUGUGUUUGGUAUUGCCUUCAAUAUACUGGUGUUUUGCAAGAGAAAUCGACCAAAGUAAGUGGUAUAACAUAUCUUUAUGAACAUAGUACAUUAGCUUUCAUGCCUAAAGGGUUAUGUUACAGUAGCUUUCACUUUAUUUAACCUUAUUGUUACGACAAAAACCUUUAAAAUGUCAUAAUAUGCAUAUUAUAGUACAUUUCAUAUGAAUUCUGAGCACAAAGCAUAUGAAAUUGACCUUUAAUGUUUUCAGCAAGCGACAAGCCUCAACGACCAGAAUCUCGCUACGCUUGUUGGCCUUCAUGGCCGUAGCUGACACAAUUUCCCUGGGGGCAUUGUUGUUAAUGCUCUCGAUUCAGUAUUUCGGUUUGAGGAAUCCGAAUACGAUGACAAUAAUAUGCAAAGUGAGUUUAGUAGGAAGUACAGGAUGAUCAGAGAUUGAAACUAUUUUUAAAAUAUUUUUGGAAUUUUAGGUAACAAAACGAAACUCAAGGUUAUCUGAUAAGCAAAGAUGAUUAUAAAAACAAUAUCACACCUUUUCCUUGUAAAUAUUGCCUUUUCCAAGCUAAACACAUCUUAUCUGGACCUUAUUUUAGCUGGAUUUGUUCUUAAUCCACGCAGCGUCAGCCUUCUCCAUCUGGUGCUGGUUGGUGAUGUCAGCGAUCCGAUACAUCGCCAUCUACCGACCCUACACUCACCUCAAGAUGAACAAAGAGCCCAUGCUGGCGGUGGCUACGGUCGUCCUGAUGUGUGCCUUCUUCGAGACGUGGAUCCUCUUCGACGUCAAGUUCGAUGUCCGAGCCCGUGGCUGCAUCGAGACAUUGCCAGAGGAAUGGGGAUUCAGAAUCCAAAUUGCCGAAAUUACUUGGAGCUAUUUCCUGCCAGUCGUCUUAAUUACCGUGCUGGACUUCCGGGUCUUGUGCUGUCAUUCGGUUUGGAGCGGGCGAGGGCCAUCCAGUAUCAGCGACUUCGAGACGGCCUUCAAUGAGUCACAGAAUCAUCGGAAUCUGAAGCCAAUUAUCGUGAGUUUUGAGAGUUUAUAAGGAUAAGAAUCAGAAAAUAGGACGAAAAGCUGGAUUCUCAAGAAUAAAAUGUCACAAAAAGCUGGAUUCUAAACAGCUUUUCGCCAAAAAAUAGUUUUUUUAUUUGUGGACAUACUAUACGGUGAAAAGUGUCUUAUUUUCUGAAUUUUCAUAAAGUUAAUUGAUCAAACAGCCAAUAAAAAUCUUGGAAAGGGAUAUAACAGAAUUUAUUCUUUUUUCUAUAAAAUUUUUGGCUUAAAGAUGCAUUUUUGUCACAAACUUAUAUCAAUAUACUUUUUAGACCGAUGAAACCCAAGCUCUGUACAUAAAAACUGUCCAAUCAGCCGAUUCAAUACCUAAAGAUUCGUCUUCCAACAACUCUCUGGACAAAUGUGACAGUCCUCAAGCAGUUCCUCAACCCAUACCCAUAUGUACACCAUCUCAGUCAGUUAAAUCUAAAGGAUCCUUAUCAGCCAGACACACAAAGCCACGAUCUUCUAGAAGGACGCAGCAAAUCAGAAUCCUGAAGCGAUGUCUCUGUAUCUCGAUCCUAGACUUGGGAAUGAAUCUGCCCAACUAUCUACUACGACUUUACUUUACAUUGGCCGAUGUCUCGAGUGUGGAGAGUAUCGCCGGGGAAGCCUGGUUCGCCUUCUUCCAGGAUCUUAGCCAGAUGCUUUACUUCGCUCAGGUGGGUAAUAUAAUAAUAUUGUGUUAUCUUUUGUCAGACAGUUUAAAUACGGUCUAGUAAUUCUUGUGAACCCAUUUUAAAGUGACGUACAUUAUAUUAUAUUAACGUACAUUAUCAAAAAAGUUUAGUCUUUAUAUUAUUUUGUUUUCAGUUUGCUCUGAACGCUGUAUAUCUGAUGGGCAUUAUAUAUCAAGCACCAAAGAAGAAGCCCAAAAGUAUUAAUGGUACCAUUCCAAGUGGUAUUUCAAAGUCCGGAGUUUGGCAGUAA